AUGGUGGGCCUGUCGGGGAAGCCAGCCCGCCCUAGGAGUGUGAAGGAGCUCUCGGAUGAGGCAGCAGAGUUCAACUUCAACAAGAAUAUCCCAUUCAAGUUCUGGACCCAGGCGGCUAGAACUCUGUUCACGGAGGCCAUCAACGAGAAGCGCAAUGGCAACCCCGAGCAGGCCUACAUGCUGUUUAUGCGACACAGCGACCUUCUUUGGGAUUACCUGCCACGACACCCCGAAGCCAAGACCUCCGAAGGCAAAGCUGCCCUCAAGCCACUCAUUCAACGCUUUAACAGAGUGCUGGAUGAGCUUGAGGAGCUGAAGCCCACAAUCACAGCUUCAUACAACGAGUGGAAGAAACUGAGUGCUAGUGAGGAUGCCGUCAAGCGCCUGCAAGCUGAAGCCCAGCGCCAAUCUAGGAUACUUGACGUUGGCCAGAACCAAGACCUCGCUGUCGAUCUUGCACAGCAGGAGUUCCAUCGCAGAGAUGCGGCACGCAAAGCAACUCGCCAGGCCGGUAUCAGCGAAGAAGAUGAGCAGGCCAGACGUGGAGCUGGGCUAUGGGACAGCUUUGAUGUUACUGCUGUCACCAAGCCUUACAUGGGCCAGGAUGACGACCUCAGAUCGCAGAUGGAUGCUGCUCGACGUCAGCUUGAGCUAGCUGAGGAUGUCAAUGCCAUCGAGCAAGCCCACCUUCGCAGAACCAUUGGAACCAACAUGUCGCGUGCCGACUCCAUUCCUACAUCCUCAUCUGUCUCUUACAACUACCCUAGCAUCUCCAAGUCCACUCCUUACCGAUACGAAUCCCAGCCAUCUACCCUGCGAAAGCUCGAGCCCGCUCCUCUACGACCUCCCAAGGAGUCGUUCUCCCUUUCAUCCCCAGCUAUCGCGCCGCCGUCUCUUCCGGCCAAAGAGCCCUUUGCCUCUCAGGGCGCCGCCGCCGUUUCAGCCUACGAUUCGUCUCAAACUCUACCUUCGGUUCCACCCAAGGUCACGGCCAGCCCGCCUCCAGCUAAGGAAGAGCGUCUUACCUUCAGUCACGUUGCCAAACUCGAGAAUGGCAAGGGCCUGCGAUCCAUUUUCAUUCCCGAAGGACUUCGCGACACUUUCCUCUACCUUGCCGAUGGAAAUACUCGCCGCGGGCUCGAAAUGUGCGGUAUCUUGUGCGGAACGAAUGUGAAUAAUGCUCUGUUCGUCAGCCACUUGAUCAUCCCACGACAGAUCUGUACCAGUGACACGUGCGAAACUCAGGACGAGGACGAGUAUACUGAGUACCUUAUCGCCCAGGACUUGAUGAUCUUCGGCUGGAUCCACACCCAUCCCACCCAGACCUGCUUUAUGAGCUCCCGAGACCUCCAUACUCAGGCUGGCUAUCAGCAGAUGAUGCCUGAGAGCAUUGCCAUCGUGUGCGCCCCGAAUCAUGAGCCUUCUUACGGCAUUUUCCGCCUCACUGACCCGCCCGGUCUUCCUCACCUCAUCAAUUGCAAGAGACAGGAAACUUUCCACCAGCACAGCAUCGACAACCUAUAUACAGAUUGCAACAAGAAGCCCGCUGGUCACGUCUUCGAGUCCUCCAAGUUGGAUCUCAAAGUCUAUGACUUGCGACUGAAGCAGUAG